AACGGUCACACUGCAAUCUGAGAAAUUUGUCUUUUGUGUCGCGUUUUAUGUGAGAAGAAAAACACUUUUGCAACGAUUACGGGCAGCGAAAACGAGUGCAAAACACUGCGAGCACGGAGUGCGCGACCAUGCAGGCGGGGCAGCACUAAGUCCGAGCCGCAUUUACCCCGAUCUCGGCCGUAUUUCGGAGCCAACGUUGGCAGCCCGUAUCCGAAUCUGAAUCUCGAUCGCAGUCUCGUUUAUUAUUAAACAACGGGCAGCAGGAAAAGCAGGGGAAGGGGAACGAGAACGAGCGCACAGGGACUCCAAACCGAAAUCCCAGCCAGCAAGCAUGUACAACAACGGGGCCAGGGGCUUCUCCAUACACGACGCCUUCGAGGAGGAGACCGACGAGGCGAUACGCGUCUAUGGCUCCACCGUGAUAUCCACGCCCAUGAGGGGCGGCAAGCAAGGUCGCUCCACCGAAGACGUCUCCAUACGGAUUCAGGAUCCCAAGGGCUACAACAAGUAUGCCGAGGACACAACCUCCCGGGACAGCGAUUCGCUCAUCCAGGAGUACGGCAACCUGCCCACGGAGGAGACCAACACAUACUGCUGGCGGCAUCCCAAAGUGCGCGAGAACUGGCGCACCGUGCUGGCCGCCUUCACACUGCUGGUCGUGGGCACGGGCCUCUUUGUGAUGGGCACCUUCGCCAUCGCCGAUCCGCAGAACACGUCGCAGGGAGUCGUGUUCUUCGUGGCCGGACUGAUCUGCUUCAUACCCGGGGCCUACCACGUCGUGUACAUCUGGCUGGCAGCCAAGGGGUAUCGAGGGUUCGACUUCUACCACCUGCCGCUGUUCACAUAAGCAGCUGGACACCUGGGCAGUUCAACUGGUUGGUCCAAGGACAGGAGAGGGCUGGAUAGCGAUGGGCGAUCGGAGACCCCAACCCCAUCUAUAAAUAUAAAUCUGUGUGUUUGUUUAUACGUGUAUAAACAACUUAUUUUCUAUUUUCUAAUCGUAAUUAACCCGAAACUCGGUUUGUGUAACGUCCUUUUUGUGUUUAGCGGCAAAAAUUUCGUUUAGACAAAGAGCCCCGCCCCUCUUAAAACCCGAAUUGAAAUCUAGCAAUAUAUAUAGAUUAUAUAUUUUACAAUAUUUUCUAUUAUGUACUCGGUAAAGUGUUUUGUAUAGCCCGAUCCAAACCCCAAAUAAGUGCAAAACAUACAUACGUACACUCGAAAUUUAUUUAAACAAAAGAGAAAAAACAAACGAAAGACUUUGUAUAUGAUGCUAACAUGUUGAGGAAGCGCUAGAGUUAUAAUGUAUACUAUAUAUAAUUGUAAUUGUAAUUUAUUGAAAUUUAAUUGCACCAAAAACGCUGGCAGGCGUACGAAAAUGUUUUACGAUUUUCAAAACCAACACUCAACAGAAAACAAAAAGAUUAACCACACACCCACGAAUCUAUGUAUAUGAUUAGUGAGCGUCUGUCCAGGGAUGCGCCUUAAAGAACUAGAUCUAGACUUUAGUCAACGUCGAAUUACGAUUACGUUUAAACUCGAAACCUAAUCGAACCAUGAUAAUACCAAGCUACUAGUGAUGUAAGACGAUGCGCCGAUACUGCAAUACGUUCUUUUAGCUAUACAGUGAUGACGCGUCUCUUUUCCGCUGACCUUUGCCCCCGUCCUCUAAUGAAAUUACUUCUCACAGUCAUCAACACUUCCGAAAACCAAUCACACACCUCAUCUGCCGUUUAGUUGUUAAUGUCGUAUAAUUUCUUUUUUAAGAAAUGCUGAAUAUGGUUGUAUUAAAACGAAAAUAAUUAUUACACGAAAAACCCCAUAAAAAACGAAAAAAAAAACAAUAAAUUACUUAAAACACAUAAAUACGAUUUAUGGCUAAUACAGGACUUCUUUUUUCCAAAAUUUACACAAAACCUUAUUUGUAGAUUUAACUUUGUGACUUUUGUAUGUAUUUUCCCAUUGAAUGUUGGUUUUUAUUCGAAUUAAACAUAUUAUUUAGAACA